CCCCUCUUUUCUUACUCAACUCCCACACACACCACUCGAUCAAAAACACUCUAAAACCACACACACAACAAUGCCUUCUUCUUCUGUUAAUCUCAUCUCCAAAUCCACUGUAAUUCCCCACAAAAAAUCCUCCAUCAAGUCUCUCAAACUAUCCGUCUCGGACUUGCCCAUGCUCUCUUGUCAGUACAUACAAAAAGGCGUGUUGCUUUCGCAACCUUCGGUUACGUCCGAAACACUGGUCACUUUACUUAAAAAUUCUCUUUCGAAGACUCUUACUUACUUUCCCGCUUUGGCUGGCCGUCUCAUUACUGAUGAGAACGGCCACGUGCACAUUCUGUGCAACGAUGCUGGCGUGGAAUUUGUGCACGCCUGUGCAUCGGGAAUAUCGAUAAACGGGAUUUUAACUCCGUUUAUCGAUAUUCAUCCUUGUUUCAAGGAAUUCUUUGCGUUUGAUAAAACGCUUAGUUAUGCGGGGCAUUAUAAGCCUAUAGCCGCGGUACAAGUUACCGAGCUCAAUGACGGCGUGUUUAUUGGAUGUACGGUCAACCACGCCGUCGUUGACGGGACUUCAUUCUGGAACUUCUUCAACACGUUCGCGGAGUUCACGAAAGGCGCGAAGGUGAUUUCGAAUUCGCCGGAGUUUCGCCGGGACAGUGUGUUCAACUCUCCGGUGCCGCUUCCGUUGCCGGAAAAUGGGCCGGCGGCGACAUUCUCCGGUGAUGAGCCGUUGAGAGAGAAGAUCUUUCAUUUUAGCAGAGAAGCUAUUUUGAAAAUGAAGUUUCGGGCAAAUAUGCUGUUUAAAAAGCCCGAAUUGAACUCGGAUCUCAACGGAUCCGAGUUAUUCGGGAAACAAAGUAAUGACAGCUGGAUAACCGUUAACGGGAAGAUAACGUCUGUUUUGGAGAGUUUGUUACAAGCCAAUGGAGCCGUCAAGCCGACUGAUCAGAUUUCGUCUUUUCAGUCGUUAUCGGCUCAGCUAUGGAGAGCCGUGACACGAGCACGAAAAUUACCCGACACGAAAACGACCACGUUUCGAAUGGCGGUUAAUUGCCGCCAUCGAUUAGAACCGAAAGUGGACCCCCUUUACUUCGGAAAUUUAAUCCAGAGUAUCCCAACUGUUGCAUUAACAGGGGAUCUGUUGUCAAAUGAUCUGGGCUGGAGCGCUGAUCUGCUGCAUCAAAAUGUGGUGGCCCAUGAUAACGCUACGGUGCGGCGCUGUGUGGGCGAUUGGGAAAAAAAUCCCAGACUAUUUCCUCUCGGGAACUUUGAUGGCGCAAUGAUCACUAUGGGGAGCUCUCCGAGAUUUCCGAUGUAUAAUAACGAUUUCGGGUGGGGAAAGCCGUUAGCCGUUCGCAGCGGAAAGGCGAAUAAAUUCGAUGGUAAAAUUUCGGCAUUUCCAGGGAGGGAAGGGGAUGGGAGUGUUGAUCUUGAGGUUGUUUUGGCCCCCGAGACUAUGGCUGGACUUGAAAAUGAUGCGGAGUUCAUGCAAUACGUUUCGUGAUAAAAUUAUUCGACUAAGAACAUUGUUGAAUUUCACCGUAGAAGUAAAAUCCGAAUCCAGUGUACUAAGAAGACAAUUCGAAUGAUUGAUGGGCUAAAAAUGACAAGUUUGCAAAGGAUUUAUGAAGUUUGUUUGGUAACUAGAAAGUUAAAGUAUCAUUUUUUCACCAUUCCAGAUUGUUGAAUGUCUGGAUUUGCUGUGUAUAUUACCGCUAUGUGUUCUUAAUAAAAUGAUAUAAUUUUCUCCA